CGUUCGUUCAUGCAGUUCAGAUUGUUCAGCUCAUUCAUUCUGUUUACAAAUUCCGGCUUGAGUCAUUCCGGCGGCUUUAACCGCUUUGAUUCGUGCUAUGAUUAAAAGUGUUGUUUUAUAAGCUUGUAUAUACAGUUUUCCUACUUGACGGAAUAUCGGAUACUUUCCUGUUAAUAUUUCCGGACACUCGGUUUUUGUUUGAGAUGCCGGAUAUCAAAAUAACACCGCUCGGAGCCGGUCAAGAUGUCGGUCGCAGUUGCAUUCUGUUGUCGAUGGGAGGCAAAAAUGUCAUGCUGGACUGUGGAAUGCACAUGGGUUACAACGACGAGCGUCGCUUUCCGGACUUUUCGUUUAUUGUUCCGGAAGGCCCGAUAACGAAUCAUAUUGAUUGCGUGAUAAUCUCCCAUUUUCACCUAGACCACUGUGGCGCGCUACCUUAUAUGACCGAAAUGAUUGGGUACACCGGUCCUAUCUAUAUGACGCAUCCCACGAAAGCUAUUGCUCCCAUUCUGUUGGAAGAUAUGCGGAAGGUGGCGGUUGAGCGGAAGGGAGAAAGUAAUUUCUUCACGACCCAAAUGAUAAAGGACUGCAUGAAGAAAGUGAUUGCCGUUACGUUGCAUCAGAGUGUUAUGGUCGACAGUGAGCUGGAAAUAAAAGCCUAUUACGCUGGACAUGUGCUUGGGGCAGCCAUGUUUUGGAUAAGAGUUGGUUCACAGUCGGUGGUCUAUACGGGGGAUUAUAAUAUGACCCCGGAUCGACACUUGGGCGCUGCUUGGAUCGACAAGUGCAAACCGGAUUUGUUGAUAUCCGAGAGCACGUAUGCGACAACGAUACGUGAUUCCAAGCGUUGCAGAGAAAGAGAUUUUUUGAAGAAGGUUCACGAAUGUGUUGCCAAGGGUGGUAAGGUUCUGAUCCCCGUUUUCGCAUUGGGACGCGCACAAGAGUUAUGUAUCCUGCUUGAGACUUACUGGGAGAGGAUGAAUCUAAAAUACCCAAUCUACUUCGCUGUUGGUCUGACAGAGAAAGCCAACAACUACUACAAAAUGUUUAUCACGUGGACAAACCAGAAAAUACGUAAAACAUUCGUUCAACGAAAUAUGUUCGAUUUCAAACACAUUAAACCGUUCGAUAAGGGUUAUAUCGACAAUCCGGGGGCGAUGGUUGUCUUCGCGACUCCCGGAAUGCUCCACGCGGGUUUGUCAUUGCAAAUUUUCAAGAAAUGGGCCCCAAAUGAGAACAACAUGGUGAUAAUGCCAGGCUAUUGCGUCCAAGGAACGGUCGGACACAAGAUUCUGGGUGGCGCGAAAAAGGUUGAGUUCGAGAAUCGUCAAGUAGUCGACGUGAAAAUGGCCGUUGAGUAUAUGAGUUUCAGUGCGCAUGCAGACGCAAAGGGUAUCAUGCAGUUGAUCCAGUACUGCGAGCCUCGAAAUGUGAUGUUGGUUCACGGCGAAGCCGUCAAGAUGGAGUUCCUGAAAGAUAAAAUCAAAAAAGAAUUCCACAUUGACUGUUAUGCACCUGCCAACGGAGAAACCUGUGUUAUAAACACUCCGAUUAAGAUACCUGUGGAGGCUUCGCUGUCUAUCCUGAAGGAUGAAGCGAAAAAGUACAGUGCGGAGCCACCGGAUCCAAAACGCAGACGGAUCGUCCAUGGUUUGCUUGUGAUGAAGGACAAUAGAAUUUCCCUGAUGAGCAUUGAUGAGAUUUUCAACGAAUGCGGGGUGAAUCGACAUGUGAUCAAAUUCAUGUCCAAGGUGAAGCUGGAAGAUCCGGGACCUGCCCCGCGGAUCAUUGAAAAGCUAUACAAUUUGCUGAAUGAACGCCUGUCGGGCUGGUCAGUUACCAAGAAAGAGAAUGGAACUAUCUGUGUUGAAUCGGUGACCAUCAACAUAGAGAACGAGGAAGUGGCCAUAGCGGGACCCUCGAAAAUACCUCCCAAUCCAGCAGGUCAUAAAAUAUGCUGCGUUUCUUGGAUCAAUCAGGACGAAGAUCUUGGAAGUUACAUUCUUGGGCUUCUGCAAAAUCUCUAAACGGUCCCAGUGAGCAAAAAGUGCCUUCGAAAGAUUUCACGAAUGUUGGGUGUCGCUCUGUAUUCGAUAAAAUCGGAUUAUAGUGGGAAUACAAUUAAUAGUAUACAGGGACAAUACGCAAAA